GGAGCAUCUGGGAUAACGCUUAAGAGUAGUUUCUGGGCUGACUUCCAUUCCCAAGGCAGCAGCUGGGUGACACUGGACUUAAGAGAGUCUAAGGCAGUUGACCAAAAUGCCAAAUAUCAAAAUCUUCAGCGGCAGCUCCCACCAGGAUUUAUCCCAGAAAAUUGCUGGCCGUCUGGGUUUGAAGCUAGGCAAGGUGGUGACGAAGAAAUUCAGCAACCAGGAGACCUGUGUGGAAAUUGGUGAGAGUGUGCGAGGAGAAGAUGUCUACAUAAUGCAGAGUGGUUGUGGUGAAAUCAACGACAAUCUGAUGGAGCUUUUGAUCAUGAUUAAUGCCUGCAAGACUGCUUCAGCCAGUCGGGUAACUGCAGUCAUCCCCUGCUUCCCGUAUGCCCGGCAGGAUAAGAAGGAUAAGAACCAGGCGCCAAUCUCUGCCAAGCUUGUUGCAAAUAUGCUGUCUGUAGCAGGAGCAGAUCACAUCAUCACCAUGGAUUUACAUGCUUCUCAAAUUCAGGGCUUUUUUGAUAUCCCAGUAGACAAUUUGUAUGCAGAGCCAGCUGUCCUGAAGUGGAUAAAGGAGAAUAUCUCUGAGUGGAGGAAUUGCACAAUUGUCUCCCCAGAUGCUGAUGGAGCUAAGAGAGUGACUUCCAUUGCAGACAGAUUGAAUGUGGACUUUGCCUUGAUUCACAAAGAAAAAAAGAAGGCCAAUGAAGUAAACCGAAUGGUGCUAGUGGGAGAUGUGAAAGAUCGUGUGGCUAUCCUUGUGGAUGACAUAGCUGACACUUGUGGCACAAUCUGCCAUGCAGCUGACAAACUUCUCUCAGCUGGAGCCAUCAGAGUUUAUGCAAUCUUGUCUCAUGGAAUCUUUUCUGGUCCAGCCAUUACUCACAUCAACAGUGCAUGCUUUGAAGCAGUAGUAGUCACCAACACCAUACCUCAGGAAGAUAAGAUGAAGCGUUGCUCCAAAAUACAGGUUAUCGACAUCUCCAUGAUCCUUGCAGAAGCCAUCAGAAGAACUCACAAUGGGGAAUCUGUCUCCUACCUGUUCAGCCAUGUCCCAUUAUGAUAGAGUAAUAUUGGAGUUAUUGUAUUUUAAAUAAGAUAAAAAUAUACCCUGAUCAUUGGUUUCUUUUGUUAUUUAAUGAAAUGUUCAGCAGAAGACCUUUCUUUCUCCAGGGUGGCUUUCUACAUCCCACAUCAUGUAUAUUAGGUCUUUAUUUUAGAUUGGAGAGAGAGGGAUAGAGAAUAAUUGUUGGGAUUUUCUAUCUGGGUAGUCUCAGUAUGGCUUUGAUGAUUUUGUGAGACUUGAAGCUUUAACUACAGUUCAGCUGCUGAUUUCGGACUUUGAAGGUGGUGUGGGGAGAUUUUUGAAAGUAAAUGGGGGAAACUUAGACUGCUUCACAUGUGAAUGCUUCAGGGUUUAUUUUGUUUAGAACUAGCUCUGCACCCAACCCAUUCCACCAUUACCGCCAUAUCUCCAUCCCUGAACCUCUUCAAAUGCCCUCUAUUCCACACCCCCUGCCCCAUUUAUCACAAGUUCCCUAAGAUCUAUGCUAAAUUGCAUCAAGAGUCCUGCACAACCCAAAUAUAGUUCAUGUGAUUGCUGAGCCACCUGCAAGGCAAGAGCUUCAGCUUUCAGCUUGAAUAUCCAUUGGGUAGGCUCAUGAGGCAACAAAAGUGCAGCAAAUGCUUUUUGAGAGGAAAAAGAUAAAUGUGCCAACAUCUGAUUGGAGGCUGUGAAUUUUAGAUUCUCCAUUGUACCUGUUCUCUUUUACUUAGCUUUACUUCCAACCAUCUUGACAUUUUCCUGGCUAAACAUCCUGUUGGAUACAAAUGAUCAGUGUACUAGUCUUCUGGAAAAUAAGUCCACUUCCUGUAAUCUCUAAAAUUUGCACCAGAUGUUUUUGCUAUAGCUUGAUCUUAACCUACUACUUACCAUAGUAGUAGAUUUUAGGUGGUGCUUAGUGUCUUUUGUUUAGGCAUUUAAUUUUAAUCUUUCUUCUUUGCAUUUGUUUGGCCUCUCAGAUGACUGCACCUUUAUAUUUAAAAUUUUAUGUUAUUCUCUCUUGGGGUGAAAACCAAUAAAAUGUCUUCAUGUAUGAAACAAAAAUAAAAUCCACAUUUAGAUAUAUCAUGAAAUUUCUGAUCUUCAAGAAAAGACAGGUCCUAAUAGUUUCUAGAAGGCAAAGCAUAAACAAGAUAGUUUUAAAGAAUGUUCAGAUUGCUAUCAGACUUCUCAUUUGAUCCCUCAGGUAAUAAGCACAAUGGAGCAAUAUUUUUGAAGUUCUAAUGGAAUAUUUUUUUAACCUAAAUUUCUGUGUUCUGCCAAACUAUCAUUUAAAUUUGAGGGCAAAAUUAAGACUCUGAAGCUUUACCACCAUGAAUGCUUCCUGAAAGUAUCACUUAAGGAUACCAAAAAUUAAAAAUAUGUAACUAAGAACACAUGAAAUAAAAG